GUGAUAUUAUACUGUAAAUAGACAAACUGAUCAUGAGACUUCCUCAAUCACACCAGUGAUCCCAUCAUUAGACUCCUUCUGUCUCCGCUCUCAGACUGUUUCCGAAGCCACCUCAUUUUUCUCGACAUCUGAGCAGAGCACGCUACGUCCAUCUUACACCUGCAGAUACCUGUCUACGCGCAUGUCAUUUGCGACAACCCGCACACACUUCUUCGUGUGAUCUGUGCGCACGUUCGUGCCCCCGGGUUCGACUGACUGUGAGAAAAGCCGUGCUCAGCUGCUCGCAGGGCGCGUUCAGAAUAGCUGGGGGGGAGCGGUAUAAAUAGGACGCAGGGCCGCUCGCAUGCGGUGAUUAGAAUAUGCGUGCAGUCUAUCUGCGACUCUUUACCCUCGCUGCGUUUGCAAAUGCGGCACAGGCAGGCGGCGCUGCGGCCACCACGACGAGCGUCGCGGUCAUGGCCACGGGUACCUCCGCCGUGCUAGGCGGGGUGAAGUACGUCAACAAGGGCCUCGUGGCGUUCGGGCGCAUCCUGCCAAACGCGACCGAGUCGACGGGCGACACGAUCGGCGGGAUCGGCAGUGCGAUGGUGCUCAAGCGGGGGACCUGGGCGCAGCACGCGAACGGGAGCUACACCGGCACACUCGUCAUGCAGCCGGACCGGGGGUUCAACGUGAUCGCGCCGAUCGACUACCAGGCGCGGCGGCACGAGAUCGCCUUCGUGCUGACGCCGUACUACGCCCCCGCGCCGCUGACGUUCGCGCAGGCCGUGGCGCAGACGCUCGUGCUGACGUACGUGAACACGACGCUCCACUUCGAGCGCAACCACACCCGCACGAGCGGCCUCGACCCGCUCGCGACGCGCGCGGCGCAGACGCGGUCGCCCACGCUCCCCUUGGCGGAUCCCGUCAUGCCGAUCGCCAGUCUGGCGGAGCCGCACCUCGUCGUCGACGCGGAGGGGCUGGUGCAGGAUGUGGAUGGGACGUUCUGGACGAGCGACGAGUACGGCCCGUACAUCUACCACUUUGCGGCGAAUGGCAGCCUCAUCCAGACGAUCCAACCCCCUGCGGCGAUCCUCCCGAUGAUCAAUGGAACGCUCAACUUUACGUCAGAGACGAAUCCGGAUACGGGGCGGCAAGGCAAUCAAGGCACGUAUCUGUCUUGGUUAUCUUUUUGGCGCAUUCUCUACGCUGUACUCCAAUCGGGAACUGUACAGGAUGGCGCAGGGCAGGUCACCCGGCUAUUUGCAUACGACCUGACGAAUGCUGCUGCCGGGACGAUCCCGCUGGUGGGCGAAUGGGUGCUUCUGCUGCCUGUGAUCAGCAACGGGAAAGUCGAGGCAACGAGCGAGAUCCAUCUCGUCAGCGACGGCGUGUUCCUGUGUUUGUCCAGGGAUGGGAACGGGCAUGGGGGCAGCGGGACGAAAUUCAAGUACAAACAAGCGGAUCUGUUCAGCAUCGCGAACGCGACGGACAUCCACGGCACGCGCUUCGACUCGCCCGCGUUCCCCGUCGCGCCCGGCGGCGUGCUCGAUCCCGCGAUCACGCCCGUUACGUACGUCGGGUUCGUCAACUACGUGAACGCGACAGACCUCGCGCGCUUCGGGCUGCAUACGGGCGACCCCGACGACAACACGCUGCCGGACUCCAAGUGGGAGAGUCUCGCGCUGGCGCCGGUCGGCGAUCCGCUGGCCCCGGACGACUACUUUUUGUUCACUGCUAGCGACAACGAUUUCCUGACGACCCAGGGUGUCUCGCUGGGUGUGCCGUACGACGCCGGAGAGGACGUCGAUAAUCAGUUCAUGGUGUUCCGCGUCACGUUGCCCGGCGCGGCGCACACCGUCGCUCUCACACUGGGACUCUAAACGCUCGAAUCGAAUACAUACUCCCUGCCGAUCCCAUGGCAGUUCAAUAUAAUGAUACCCCGUCGUCUAUUUAUUUAUUCUUGCCCAGCCAGCAUUUGUGCCAUCUGCUCCCAAUCAGCUCCGGGACGACUUCGAUCACUGCGGCCGGCCGGCCGCCGAGCACCGCCUUCGUGCGGCCCCAGCAGAGUCGUCGUCGCAGAUGGGGCGGCACCCACACGAUCAGAUCACUCCCCGAAACGAUCCACCCCUCCGAGUCCAUCCUCGCGUCGUUCGGGAUGCCCUGCACGCUCGUCGCAUCUGGCGUGCUGAUGUCCCAGACCCGGAUCGACCGGUCCUGGGAGC